AUGUCGUCAAACAAUAGAAACUACGAUUUUCUGAUCAAGCUGCUGUUGAUCGGUGACUCGGGCGUAGGCAAGUCGUGCUGCUUGCUACGCUUCAGCGAGGACUCGUUCACGCCAUCGUUCAUCACGACUAUCGGCAUCGACUUCAAGAUACGGACAAUCGAGCUCGAUGGCAAGCGGGUGAAGCUACAGAUCUGGGAUACAGCCGGGCAGGAGCGGUUCCGGACGAUCACAACAGCGUACUACAGAGGCGCAAUGGGGAUUCUGCUGGUCUACGACGUGACCGACGAGAGGUCGUUUAACAAUAUCCGGACGUGGUUCGCAAAUGUGGAGCAGCAUGCGACAGAGGGCGUGAACAAGAUCCUCAUCGGCAACAAGUGCGACUGGGAGGAGAAGCGGGUCGUGUCGACGGAACGGGGGCAGCAAUUGGCUGAUGAGCUCGGCAUUCCGUUCCUCGAAGUGUCAGCCAAGACCAACACCAACAUCGACAAAGCAUUCUAUAGCCUCGCGGCCGACAUCAAGAAGCGCAUCAUCGACACGUCGAAGCCCGAACAGGCUGGUGCCGGGCCGGCGGUGAACGUCGCUGAGCAAGGAGGAGCUGGGGCUGGAGGGAAGUGCUGCUAA